AUGCCUUCUUCAAUCCCCUACGAUCCAUCACUAGUAAUGGCCAACAUAGUCAGCAACGAAGCUCUUCAAAUCGUAUCCCAGAUCUCCGCCUUCCAAGCCCCCGUCGAUGCCGCCCAAGAAGAACUGAACACCCUUCUAACCGCCAAACGCAGUCUCGAAAUGACACGCACAGAACUAAUGAAUCUCGGCAUCGGCACCAGCAAAGUCAGCAACUCAAUCGAGAAACUCGACUCCCGCAUCGAAAACGCCGCAUCCGAUUACGCCGAGGAGAAGAUAAAAUCCGAAGAGAAGAUCCAGCCGCUUCGCGCACAAAUCAGAAGCGUGCAUGUGAAUAUGGAAAGUCCAGUAGAUUACGUCAAAACGCAAAUCAAAAGCAUGCCGCUGGCUUCCGAUUCGAUAAACAUGGAUGUCCAAUAUUUCACAAAUGAUACGAAUAGUCAAGAGUCGAAAUCUCUGGCGAGUAAUGUCUCCGGAUACGUAUCGGCCACGAUGAAAUGGCUUGGAAAUGAUGUCGCGGCACAGAUGACUCGAGCUGCUGCAAAUCAGAUCAGCGAUCAAGUAUCCAAACACAGUAUCUCGGGUACUCUUGUGAUUUCCGUUUCUUGUACGCAUAAGAAUGCAUCCGUUCUAGCUCCUUUCGCGCUCAAUGUCGACAAAGCGAUUAAAGUCUGGAAUCAUCUUUUUAAAGACGACAAGAUAGUCCCAACUAGCACAAGCAAUAUGCUACAAAUUGCUCAGCAGGAUGAAUCCAAUUCUCCCGAUGCUAAGAAGUUCAGCAUCAUCUCUGGAAUGUCGUUUGGAUCUAGUUUCGUGGGUAUGGUGCAUAUUUUGAAUAGUACAAGCACGAUGGCCAGUGACAAGAUGAACAGCGUGGUGGAAUCGCUUCAACAACAAAUGGAUCUUGCCAAGUUCUACGAAGGACAAGCUGGCGGAUUUGGCGCAAACUCGUCUAUGGCAAACAACGUCAAAAGUUUGCUCAGUUCCCAGAAUAUAAAUUCUCACGUUACCAUGAUCUGCAUGGGAGCUAUCCCCUCUAUGGUGUCCAACGGCGUCAAACUGGGUGUUGAAAAAUUUGCCAAGUUCGAUCCUCAAUCAAGUCUUGACGGACUAGCAGCUCUACAAAAUGCCACUCAAGCCAAUCAAGGCACAGUUUCGCAGGCUGCAGAGGCAGCGCGCACAGGUGCCCAAAUGAUGUCUAUGAAAGCCAGUGACGUUAAAUCCUCUCUCUCGGCUCUGGCGGAGAUAGAUGAUGGUUCGAAUAAGAUUAUUGAUAUUAAUUCUAUGAUGACUGCACUUGAGGAUUAUCUCAAGAAAGCUGCAGAAGGCACUUCAGGUGUCCCGAUCAAUUACUACCUGAAAGAUAUUUCAAAGAGUAUGCUUGCAGAAAUGUGGGUGGCUAAAUACUAUCCUGGGAAGUACAUGGCUAUUUCAUAUGAUGAUGUAGCUCCAUCAUCGGGGCCUCCAGGUGCUUCAGCGACAGGAGGAGGCUCCGCCGAACAGACUGCUGCUCCAGCGGCAGAGUAG